CGCUGCAAUGGACAACUUCACAGGAGCCCACUGACGAGGUGUCAUUCAUUGGCUCACAGGGGGAAGCGUCGUAUCCAUCCCCGAGGCGCAACUCUUGGCGUUACUGGCUGCGGCUGUCACUCAGUCGGGAUAGACGGCCAGUAGCUAGAGCUAGUGUGACAGCCACAAGAUCAAUGAUGGCACAAAACAUGUAUGAUAUUGAUGAUGCUCAUUUGGAAACAUUUUUACGUAUAAACCCUUUAUUUCAAGAACCUAUGUAUAUGCCUUCUGAGCCACACCUUCGAAAUGCUGAAGGGCCAUACAUUGAAAUUACAGAACAACCAAAACAGAGAGGGUUUCGGUUUCGAUAUGUCUGUGAAGGGCCAUCACAUGGAGGACUUCCUGGGGCUUCAAGUGAAAAAAACAGAAAGUCAUACCCACAAAUUAAGAUUCAUAAUUAUGUUGGUCAAGUUAAGGUUGUAGUGCAGCUGAUAACUAACAGCAAAGACAUCCGACUGCAUGCCCAUAGUCUAGUUGGUAAAAACUGUGAAGAUGGCAUCUGUUCUCUAACUGUAGGACCUAAAGAUACAAUUGUUGGGUUUCCUAACCUGGGAAUACUUCAUGUUACGAAGAAGAAAGUGAUUGAGAUUCUGGAGGCUCGCAUGACAGAUGCCUUCAAAAAGGGACACAAUGCUGCAUUAUUAGUACACCCAGAGCUCAACUAUACCAACUCUGAAGAUAGGCCAUUAAAUGAGCGAGAAAAGGAAAUCAUUAGACAGGCCGCAACGCAACAGUCCAAGGAUAUCGACCUGAGUGUGGUGCGACUCAUGUUCACUGCUUUCCUGCUAGAUAGCGAAGGUCGAUUUACUAGAUCUCUUGAGCCUGUAUUAUCAGUUCCCAUCUUUGAUAGCAAAGCCCCCAAUGCAUCCAAUCUUAAAAUUGUGCGAAUGGACAGGACUGCAGGCUGUGUGACAGGUGGGGAAGAGGUAUAUCUCCUGUGUGAUAAAGUACAAAAAGAUGACAUUCAAGUCCGCUUCUAUGAAGAGGAUGAAAAUGGAGGCUACUGGGAAGGAUUUGGAGACUUCUCUCCUACUGAUGUUCAUAGACAGUUUGCCAUUGUUUUCAAAACGCCCAAGUACAAGGAUGUAAAUAUUACAAAGGCAGCGUCUGUGUUUGUUCAGCUUCGGAGGAAAUCAGAUUAUGAAACUAGUGAACCUAAACCAUUUCUUUACUACCCAGAAAUAAAAGACAAAGAGGAAGUACAAAGGAAACGCCAGAAGCUCAUGCCUAAUUUUUCAGACGGUUAUGGUGGAAGUGGUGCAGGAUCUGGUGGAGGUGUUGGUGGUGGUUUAUAUGGAGGAGGAGGAGCAGGAGGCUCUGCAGGUGGUGGCUAUGGGUUUUCUUCAUUCAGCUAUAAUAAUUAUGGAGGUUUGAAUUUUCAUGGAGGCCCUAUGAAUUCUGGUCCAUGUAUGAAACAUGAGUCCAAGUCUCGGUGUGAAGAAGCCAACCAAAAACAUGGUGAGACCACGAAUACCCAAGAUGCAUCUAAUGAAGGGUCAUGUUUGUGCAUCAAGACUGCACAAGAGAAGGAAGAGAGAGAGACAGCUCCAGCAAGGGAGGAAGGGGAGUUCUGCAAACUGCAUGACUGUAAUUUCCUGAGCAAGGCAAUGCAGCUAGCAAAGCGUCAUGCAGCAUCCUUGUUUGACUAUGCUGUAACUGGAGAUGUGAGGAUGUUAUUAAUUGUGCAGCGCCACCUAGCUUCAGUUCAAGAUGAGAAUGGGGACAACAUUCUCCACCUGUCUAUUAUCCACCUCCACUCUGCAUUAGUAAGGAUCUUCUUGGACAUAACACAAGGGGUUGUGUGUGAUGAUAUAAUCAAUGUGAGAAAUGACCUUUACCAGGCUCCACUGCAUUUGGCUGUGAUCACCCAACAAGUCGACACUGUGCAAGAUAUUCUAGAAGCUGGAGGUGACCCAUUGCUCUUGGACCGUGAUGGCAACUCAGUCCUACAUCUGGCUUGUAAAGAAGGGGAUGCCUUGACAUUAAGUUUACUGCUUAAACACAAAAAGACGCUGGAGAUCAUCAACCUUCCAAACAAUGAUGGCUUGAAUCCAAUCCAUGUUGCUGUACUUGCAAAUUGCAUGUCGUGCCUCCGGCUAUUGAUAUCAGCAGGAGCAGAUGUAAAUGCUCAGGAACAGAAAUCAGGAAAAAAUGCGUUGCAUUUGGCUGUAGAACAAGAAAACAUAUCUUUAGCUGGCUGUCUUCUUCUGGAGGGAGAUGCAUGUGUUGAUAGUACCACAUAUGAUGGAAAUACACCGCUUCACAUAGCAGUUGGAAGAAGCUCUACAAAGCUGACAGCACUUCUCAAAGCCGCAGGUGCCGAUUCUUUCAUUGAAAGCUUUGAACCACUCUAUAGCUUUGAAGAUACCCAAGAUGAAGAUGAUGUAGAUGAAGGCAUUGUACCAGGCACAAAACCUCUGGACAUAGCUAACUGCAACGAGGUACUUGAAAUACUGAAUGGCAUGCCUUACAGGUCAGAAGUAGCCCCUGAAGACUCCCUGACACAAGGUGACAUGAAAAACCUAAGCAAAGAAGUAAAUCAGAAGCUGUACAACUUGUUAGAAAGCCAGGAUUUGGACAAGAACUGGGCCACCUUAGCACAGAAGCUGGGUCUUGGGAUGCUGAACAAUGCUUUCAGGCUAAGUCCCCUCCCAUCUAAAACAUUACUAGACAACUUUGAGGUUUCUGGUGGAACCAUAAGAGAACUCCUAGAUGCAUUAAAACGGAUGCAUUACACUGAAGCUAUUGAGGCCAUUGAGCAGUCACAAGGUAUCCUUACGUUGUCUGGGGCUACUACUUCUUCAGAGGCACCGAUUGCUGCACAGAGGAGAGACUCCUCCAUGGAUGAUAUCAGUUACCUUAAGCAUCAGGAGACUGAAAGUACAUGUGACAGUGGUGUGGAGACAUCCUUUCAGAAACUGAGCAUUUCAUAUUCAGAAUUUCUGAAGGAGACAGAGGGAAUUUGCACAGAGCUUCCGCAGGAACCAGACUGUCCUCUCAUCUGCAGCAAGUGACAGGCAAGAAAUGGAUUCUGUCUUCCAUGCACAGCUCUUGCGAGGCUCAGCAGCUCCAACCAAAUACACUGGAUAUUCAGCUUGGGCCUAGUACAAUUUAAAACACUUUUCUCAUGCAUGUAGUAAGCAAGUGAGAAAAAUAAAUAUAUACAAAUAUAUAUACAUGCAACUUUUAAGGACCUAAGCUUCUGGGUUCUGGGCAUGGCACUCUGUGUAUUGCUUAUCCCCUAAUUGAAUUAGGUUGCAUAGGUUGAAUGUUGCAUAUUUACUUAUUGAAUCAUGUUGGUUUAAAGUCUCUAUGGAUUCUGCACGAGUUCCUAUUAUACAACAUCAGAAAACUACACGAUUCAUGAAAAUCCCGAAAUUAAAACUUCCCAAUUAAGCUACUGUCAUUUGCAAAUGUUGGCAAUAUAUUAAGAAUGGCUAGUAAUCAUUAAAUAAUGUUUUGUGCCUUUGUUUAAUACAGUAAAUAUUAUAUAUUUUUCUGAAAUUCUAAUUUUUAUUGUGUGUUUUAUAAUAAAAUGAUAAAGGAAAGAUGUUUAUCAAAAAAAAAAAAA